CAUCAUAUAUAUAUAUUCUAUCAUCAAAACCUCAAAGAAAUCGAUUACUCAAAAUCCAGAAAAACCCUUCAUGCAGAAAGAAAUCCCAGCUUGUUCUAAAGAAAUGGCAGCCUCAGGAUCACCAUUUUUCGCGGCGAGUUCCGGCGGCGUCUUUUGCAGUCCGAAUGAGACCGCAUAUUCGUCGCCGGAGCGUUUCGUUUCGAGUUCAGACUCCAACUCCUCAGCAGAUGAGGCUUCCAAUAAUAAUAAUUUCUCCGAUUUCGCGACGAUAUCAGAUCAGGUGGCGAUGAAUGAACACGAUCACACGCGUUCGACGUUUCCUCAUCACGGCGGCCUGAGUUUUUCCGAUCAGGCGGCGGCCGGAAUCCCAUUGAAUUUUCUUGAAUCUUUCCCGUCACUCAACGCGGCUGCAAAUGCUCCGUCUUCUUCGUCGAAUUUCCCGAAUUUGGGGUUGUUUUUGCAGCAGCCUUCAGUGGUGGAAACGCCCAAAAAACCUUCUUCUUCUUCAUCAUCGCAUUCACAAGUUUCGGACAAUUUUUUGUUCCCGGUAUCCCAGAUUAAUGGUGAGUUCCGGCAACCGGCGGAGAGCUGGCUGAGAAUGAAUCAGACAUUGACGAGUUACUCGUCAAAGGGGUUCAGUGAUUUCUGGCUUAGCAACACCAGAACUCAGCCGAUGAAACACACGGCGGGGAGAAGAACGACGACGGAGAAGUCUUGCUUCUCGGCGGCGCAGGCGUCGCCGGGGAAGCUGUUCCGGGGAGUGCGGCAGAGGCAUUGGGGGAAAUGGGUGGCGGAGAUACGGCUGCCGCGGAACCGGACGAGGGUAUGGCUGGGGACGUUCGACACGGCGGAGGAGGCCGCGUUUGCGUACGACACGGCGGCGUAUAUGCUCCGGGGAGACUACGCCCACCUCAACUUCCCAGAUUUGAAGCACCGGCUGAGAGAUAACUGCAUCAACGGCAACACGGCGGCGCUCCUGGAGGCGAAACUGCGAUCGAUAUCACAAGGGACGGCGGCCGGGGCUACCAAGAAGGCUAAUAAUAAUAAUAAUAAUAAAAAUAAUGAGAUGAUGAUCAAAGAUCCUCCGCCGCCUAAUGUGAAACCAUUGGUGAAUGAAAGUUCAAGUGGAGUGACGUGGACACAAAACCCAGUGACGCCGGCGGCGGAGAUCGCGGCGGAGAAGAAGAAGAGGGAGGUGGAAGAGGCGGCGGCGGAGAAUGAGGGAGGUUUUCAGCUGAGUAGAAUGCCGUCUUUAGAUAUGGAUACCAUCUGGGCUGAACUCCUAGUCUCUGAUUCAUGACUGCAACUUCUCUUUCUCCGUCAAUUCUGCAGGAUUAUCCUUUUUUUUUUUUUUUUUUGAAA